AUGACAUCAAAUGCACACCCUGCGGCCAAGUUCCCUCCCCGCCGCCGCCAUCUCCGCCGCCUCCGGCCCCUCCCACCACCACCUCUUGCCCUCCGCCGCCGUCUCCUCCCAGCUCCGGCGGCGGCGGUACUUACUACUCCUCCCCGCCCCCACCCGCUCAGUACACCUACUCCUCGCCGCCGCCGCCGACGUCCCGGAGGAACCGGCGGCGGGUAUUACCCUCCGCCGAAUAAGUACUACCCAACGCCGCCGCCGCCGAACCCAAUUGUGCCUUAUUUUCCGUUUUACUAUUACAGCCCGCCGCCGCCGCCGUCCACGGCGGCUCCUCCGCCGGGGAAAGGGGCGUUGGUGUGCCCGCCGCCGCCGCCGUCCACGGCGGCUCCUCCGCCGGUGAAAGGGUCGUUGGUUGUUGAUGUGGAAGUUGUUGACAAUUUGUAA